AUAAUAGCAGUACAGACAGCCGGGAUUUGCCAGUCAAGAUGAUGAACCUUAACCAGAUCCAUAUAUUAAUAGUUUCAGCGAUAAUAGUUUUAUUGUCGAGUAUUUCCUGCAGUAACGCCAAUAAAACAAAUAGUUAUAAUAGCAGUACCGUGGUACUUGUCCAUGUGCUUUUCAGACAUGGCGAAAGAACUCCCGGUAAAUAUGACUUAUGGAAAAGUAACCCAUACUACAAUGAAAGUUAUUAUAAACCAUAUGGUUAUGGACAACUAACUAAUGAUGGAAAGGAACGAAUGUAUAAUGUGGGCGUGGAGUUACGGGAAAGGUAUGCAGACUUUUUGGGAACAGACUGGGAUAUUGGCGUCACAGAUGCAUACACAACAAACAGCAACAGGACCAAAAUGUCCAUAUCUCUGGUUUUAGCAGGUUUGUUUCCGCCCAGCGGAUCUCUAGUAUGGAAAUCGGAUCUAUCUUGGCAGCCCAUUCCGUAUAAUUACCUACCAGCAGAACAAGAUAAGGAGCUUUCAUCUUGGGCCUGUUCUACAGUCUUACCAUUGAUUUACAACACAUCCAGUACUGCUGAAAGAUUAAAAGCUUACGAUGGUCUUAUAAAAACUCUUUCCGAAGGCACAGGUGAAGAAGUGGAUUAUAUUUCCGCUCUGUAUUUGUACUUUGGAUUGCGAAUUCAGGAACAACUUGGACUUCCUUUAGAAAACUGGACACAAGCCAUAUAUCCUGAACCUUUCAAGUCAUACAUAAUCGAUUUUUACUAUAUCGAAACCAGUACAGCACCUUUAAAAAAAGUUAUAGCAGGUUAUUUUCUUAAAAAGAUAUUAAACGACAGCCAGAGAAAAAUAAAUGGUACUUUAGAACCAUCGGACAGGAAAAUAUACUUAUAUUCCGGACACGAAACAAAUCUAGGAACCGUUAUUGGUGCUUUAGAAAUACUGACCUUGAAUGAUAUUCCACCAUAUGGAUCGUACUUAGCGUUCGAGGUGCACAACAUCGACAAUGUAUAUGGAUUAAAAAUAUAUUAUCAAACCCAUGAAAAUGAUGAUCCUACUUUACUGACACUACCAGGAUGUCAGGAAUUUUGCCCAUUUGAUGAUUUUGCGAAACUCCUUUCAAAUAUUAUACCCCAAUCGGACAGUGAGUGUGACGGAGUCAAAAUGAAAUAUUCAGGAACGGUUCCAAUAAUCUUAUUAAUAACAAUUAUCUUGUUAUCAUCAAAAGUAUCUAGCCGAACUGUGAAGAAAACGAGGAGUUAUAAUACUGAUACCUUAGUUCUUGCUCAUGUGCUUUUCAGACAUGGAGAUAGAACACCCAGUACAGCUGGUUUAUGGAACAGUAAUCCAUAUUACAACGAAAGUUAUUACAAGCCCUACGGAUAUGCCCAACUCACAAAUGAUGGAAAACGAAGAAUGUACAACGUGGGUCUAGAGCUACGCAAGAGAUACGACGAAUUUUUGGGAAAAACCUGGGAAAUUGGAGUUCUAGACGCUUGGUCAACUAACUAUAACAGAACGAAAAUGUCUACGUCCCUUGUCUUGGCAGGACUCUAUCCUCCAAACAGCUGUUUGAUAUGGAAAAAAGACUUGGCUUGGCAACCGAUCCCUUACAAUUAUUUACCAGUUCCUGAUGAUAGAGAACUAUCUUCAUGGGCAUGCCCGACCGUUGUUCCUUUGAUAUACAACACUUCAAGCACUGCCGAAAGACUUAGUGCUUAUGACGGUUUAAUAAAGACCCUUUCAGAGGGUACUGGCCGAGAUCUGGAUUACAUAGAUGCUCUAGAUUUGUACUUCGGAAUGUUAAUACAGAGUCAACUAGGCUUUCCAUUACAAAACUGGACUGAAGCUAUAUAUCCCGAACCACUCAAAACAUAUAUCAUAGAUUUUUAUUACAUUGAGACCAGUACGCAAGCAUUAAAGAAAGUUAUAGCAGGGUAUCUUGUUAAGAAAAUUAUUAGCGAUACUCAGAAAAAAAUUAAUGGAACUUUGACACCUGAAAAUAGAAAGCUUUUCUUGUAUUCUGCCCACGAGACAAACCUAGGUACUGUCAUUGCUGCACUGGAACUAACAAAUCUGACGGAAAUUCCAGGCUAUGGGUCGUAUUUGACAUUUGAAGUUCACAAUAUCGACAAUGUUUAUGGAAUAAAGAUAUUUUUUCAGAACUACGAAAGUGAAGAUCCUAUUCUACUUACACUGCCAGGUUGUCAAGAAUUUUGUCCCUUUGAUGAUUUUGUAAAUCUGACUGCCGACAUUAUACCCUUAUCUGAUAGCGAGUGUACCGGCUGAAAAAAGAAUAUUUGA